AGUCCAGUCGGGUUGAUUUCGCACAGGUAAGAAAUGUAACGUUUUUGUCACUGGAAAACGCCAUAGAAUUGUAUAUAUAAGCUUUGUAUAGCUCUUUUUGAAAGAAGACUUCGUGGCACCCAGCCUCAUGGCGUUUUUUGCUAAGAAGGAAACGACACAUAGGCUUAUCUGUUUUACAGUUGCAGCGUCUACGGACGCAUAUCCUUGAUCUCAUACGUAAAUGGACCGACUGCUGAGUUUUUAUACUUCUUUAUUUAGAUCCUCACGUCUGUUGUGUUCAGCAGUAAGUUUACACGCUCCUGGGAGAAGUACACUGUUUUCAAAAGUUAGGAGUAGCGAGGAAGGAAAGAGAAAACAAGUCAUAGAAGUUUCAUGUGAUGUACAUGUAGCAAUGGACAGCACCCAAAUGAAAAGCGUCUCCCACAGCAAAACUUCUGAAGGAAGUGCCAGCCAGCACAGAUCUCACUCACCAAACAAUGAUUUCUCCGAAGAUGGUUACUCAGAAGACAAGGUGUGUUCCACAGGCACACUCCAAAAUAUAUUAUUUAAUAAUAUGUUCACACCACUUGUUCAAAUUCGCUACAUUUAGCCGGAGAAAAACAGCCAAAACGUCAUGAUACUACCACUGGUUUCCCCACAAAAUGACAUCUGAGAAACGAUCACAGAAAUUCCAUACUUAACUGCAUGAUAAUGCAUCACUGUCCAGACGUGGGCAGUGCUACUGAUUGGCUGAAGCAAAUUUCUCCGGCAGCAUGACCAAUCAGAAGAACUACUCAGAUCUUGGUGGUAACUCGUCAUUAAUACAGAAUUUCUGCAUUUGUUUCUCAGGGGGUGUUUACAUGACAUCGGGGUGACUUUCGCUUUGGAGCAAGUUCACUCCGGUUCCCUCUCAUGGCUCUAUAUUUGUUUACAUGAUACCACCACAAAAUGUCAUGCUGGCGCAAGUCACCCUGGCGUGAGUUCACCCCGGUUCUUGUACCAGGGUGAGAAUUUCACUCCAGUACGAAAUCUCGCAGCGGUAUCAUGUGAACGCAAAACGACCAACCGUUUCGGUGUGAAAUCGGUCUGCCGGUAGACUGGAACGGGUAGCGCAUGCGUGAUGGUUGUGAUUUUGAAUCACACGUCUAUUUAAUCAACAUGAAGUGUACCUUCAAAUAACGAGAUAUGAAAUGACCCAGUCAUCAUGUAAACGUGAUACGAAAUCAAAAAGUCAUCCCAGUUUGAGACUCGUGCCAGUGCAAGUUUUCUCUUGUAAACACCCCCUCAGACAUUAUUUCAGGGGGUAACCAUGGUGGCGUCAUGAAGUAUCAGCUCUCUUCUCCGGCAAAAUGACAAAACUGAAAACUUGCUACAGUGCAUGUAAAAUGGCACAUAUCAACAGCUACUGUCAUGUAUGGAGACAAAAAUACAACAACAGUAACACUUCAAUUCCUUGGAUCUAGCCUGCAAACACGUACUUGUAUUUCAGGUUGUUGCUUCUUUCAGGUUUUGGGUGGAGAGAAGCGACGACCGGAAAUACAUCUGCAUUCGCAGGCUAUCGAUCUGGCUCAUUGAAUUUAUUAAUUUCAUUCUGUAAUUUCUUUAGCUUCCAGACCCUUUUCUUUUUCUCAUAUAACUGUGAGGAUGUUAUCAAUUAUGUUGUGUUACCUGUGUUACAUGUAGACUGAUAUAUAGUGUAUUAUGUCUGAUACUUAUCAGGGUGACCCAAGUUCCCAUGGUGACCUACGACUAUUUGAAGGCGAGAAAAUUCAAGCAAGUGGUAAGUGAUAGUAGAGCUGUUAUUGUUUUUGUUAUGUUAUACACUGUCAAGUAACAUAAAUUUUUGCAGAGGAGUUUGUCAUUUUAUUAUUUACAUGUACAGCAUACACUGUACAUGUAAUGAUAUUAUUCGUUCACUAAUGGGGUGGAAACACCAAAAAAAAUACAACAAUGACAACAACACGGAAAUGGGUUAACGCAGUAAUCGUGCAUUUUUAGGCAAACAAAAUGGAAAAAAUGCAUCAGGAAAAUUGUAAUGUGUCCCAGGACUUACUCUGAAUCUUGAAUAGAUUUUGUUGUUUGAGUGACACGUAAAAAAUUUUUGAACAAAGCAAAUUCACAUCGUGGCUGCCGUUUUGGAUUUAACUACACAAACGGGACUGGAGACAAUUAACAAAUCCGGGAAACUUGAAUUAGCUCCUGCCGUGUUUGUUUGUUGUUUGAUCGAUUGUGCUGGUUGAGUGCCCACUUACAUGUACAUGUACCUGUAAUAUGGCAAUGAACCAUGAAAAGGGAGGAAGACAAAUGGCUGAAAGAGUUUGGUUGGCUGCAAACAAGAGGCUCGGGUGAUGAUUUAUUGAUGAUUUGUAAGGAUUGCACAGAAGCUGGAAAGAGGAACGCAUUCACGAGUGAAUGCAAAAAUUUCCAAAGAUCGGCGCUUGUGACUCCUUAUGCUUGACAUCGACUAUUCUAUUCUGUUUAUCUCAUUCUGUCAAAAAUUAAUCACACAUUGGUCAAAAGUUGGGUUGUCAAUACUUUAAUGUAAUGAUAAGGUUGGGUAAAUACAAUUAAGAAUAGUUACAUUGUAUUGUCUAAAGUUAAUGUUUUCAAACAAAAAAAAAGACAAUAAAGCUUAGUUAACAGUAUGAAACUAAUUUGCCAGUCACUCUUUCUCAUAACAACAACAAUUUAAAGAAUUUCUUAGGGAAGGGUCACCAAGAUUUUGGGACCCACCCAAAAUGCUUGGGACCCACCCAAAAUGCUUGGGACCCCAAUUUUACCGGACAUGUGGGUCCGAGGACCCAGAUUGAAAAAUCCUAGUGCCAUCCCUGACAACAGCUAAUACCAACUAAGCAUUAAUUUUAAAGAUCUUCUUUUCUAUUAAUUUUUAUGGUUUCAGUGUGCAAAGAAAGCUAUACAAUAAUAUGUAGGAAUAGUUCAGGCUAUUGGAUUUUGUUUCCAAGCUUGUGAAUUCUGUUUUUAACUUGUCUGACAGGGUGAGUGAAGUUUUUUGGGGAUUUCAAAUAACAGAAGAAUUGUAGUCAAUCCUGCUCAUCAAAAAUUUUUUCAGGCUAGUUAAAAUGAUUCUUGGUCUAGUACAUGCUACAUGGCUAAAUGGCAAGCUGUAAAACUGACUUUCUUUGUACCCUGUUUAGUGUGAUAUUUAAUGAUUGACUGAUCAAUGAUUGACUGAUUAGUCCAGGGAUGUCGCUAAGAGCCGGCUGCCGGCUAAUUUCUCCAACUGAAAGAUGUGUGAGAAUUUUAGAGGUGCAGAUGAGUAAAACAGCCAGCUUGAAUAACAAAAAAGCCUGCUUGUCAUUUUCUUAGCUACAUCCCCGUUAGUCACACAACUACAAUGUGCCUCUUAGCAUGAGAAGUUAAUUAUUUGCUCUUGACUUUCUGCUCAUUGAUUCUCAGCAAAAGAAGUCACGUUUCUCUGUCCGUUCAGUGGGGCCGUGCGUGGUCUCCUUCAAAUUACAAACUACAGACUGCACUUCAAGGCUGAUGAGGUAAGGUUUAUUUGAAUACAUGUAAUACGAAUAAUAAUAAUAAUAAUACGUGUGCAGUAUAUAAGUGUAUACAGUCUGUAGGUGUGCUUUUUAAGUGUGUAGCUGUACCUUUGUUGAUCAGGAUUGAACUGUUGUUACCUAAGUUCUUGAUGAAAGGCUAAUGUGCACAGCAGCUGAGCUUUAUGGCAUGCAUACUUUGUAACACCUGCACUAGUACUACAGUGCAUAUACAGUGUAUUUAGGUUGUGGCAUUAUAGCGCUAGCAAAGAAUAUAUUAUUUUUAUAGUAUAUAGGAAGUAUUAAAUUCAUUAAUUAAUAUAUAUGGUACAGGUUAAAAUUAGAUUCAGGUCAAAAUAAUAUUUUUUAACCUAGGUUAAUUCAAACUUUCCUUUGUCUCCUAGCCCUAAUUAUUCAUGAAAGAGGGACAGGCAACAAAGGAAAUUGAGAUUUGAAUCAACCUAGAAUCAACCACGUGUAAAGAGAACUGUUUUGUUUUUGAAGUAAAAGCAGUGUUGAACAUUGAAUACUCUGGAAAUGAUAUUCAUGCAUUGGCCAUGACCUUUCUUACUUAUUUCAAAUUUGCAAUAAUUACAUGUAUUUAAUUUUAGGACCCACCGUUCACAGUAGAAGUGCCUCUUUGUACUAUUUAUCGUGUAGAAAAGAUUGGUGGAACAACAAGCCGAGGGGAAAAUGCUUAUGGCCUAGAGCUGUUUUGUAAGGUACAUGUUCACAGGGACCAUCCUAACGAAUAAAUGUUGCAAUUUUUACCUGCAAUACAAAAGUUACCGAAUAAUAAUGUAGACUGAGCUGUUCCUUUUUUUAGGUGUUGGUAAUGUAUGAAGGAAAAAGCCAAAGAUAAAGAAUAUAAUAAUUAUUGAACCACAUCAAAGGCAACUCUCUCAGGAAUUUUUUUUUGUUCAAUAAGAUAUAAAAAUACUGAUCAACAUGUUGAUUGGUCUUAACUGUACCAGUAAUCAAAAAUCAAUAUGGCAGGUGUUGUUACUUCUGAUUUGACUAAAAAGUGCAUGUACCGUGUAUGGAGAUCAAUAAGACUUAACCCAUUCGCCCCUGAAAAUUUUGGCGAAAAACGUGUUUUGAAGCUAGUUGAGCAGUUUUCUGGUCACUGUUAUACUAUAAGAGCUAAAUCUUACCACAAAGCCGUUUACGGGUUGUAGACUUUGCUGCCUCCUGAUCCAGAUGCAAAAUAAUACACCACUGUAGCUUGCGAAGUUCGGGAAUGCGUUGAUGGCAAAAUUUCCGAGAUCAGUCUUGACUUUCUACUUUUCACUUUCUCUCCUUCCCUCUUGUUUUGCUUUUCUUGACUUGUGUUGUUUCUUUUGCUGGGGAUUUACAUGUAGUAGACUUCAAUAUGGUGGGAAAUGUUUUUGAGAAAGCUUAGGAAACAUUUCUGACGUAAUUUUCCUGUUCAUUUAUCAUUUUGCUUUCAGGACAUGAGAAAUCUACGUUUUGCCCACAAACAAGAGAAUCACUCCAGACGAAUAGUGUAUGACAAGCUUAUGGUAAUGAAUACAUUUACUAAUGAAUGCAGAUUAUUGUUUUUAAAUGCUUAUCCUUAUAGAUUAUUUUUUUUGUGAUUAAGGAUGGAAGUAAUAUUAUUUAUAAGCAGUACAUGUAUGUACAUGCUACAGUACUUUCUUUGCUUUGUCCAACUUACUUUGUAGACAUCACUAGGUUACUGGUACAAAGAAUGGAUCAAAGCCAAAGUCAAGUGCACAUUAUACAUGUGUACUCUGAAACUCCCUACAAAAUACAAAACCUUUAUCAUUACUUUGUUACAUUAUGUAACUUUAGCGAUUGUAACGAAAAUAUUUUUUAAAGAAUGAAUUACCAUAAGAGCAUUAUUUAUUACAAAACAAAAAAGGAGGCUUAUAAAUUCCUUCGUCAAGGUAAAUGGGAGAAUUAAAACCUUUUUUGGAGUAGCCUCUUCCAUGCUCUAAGAUGGUAGGGAUAAUGUCGUGGAAACUAGCAAGAUCAACCCAAAAUGUUUAAGUUUAUGCUUUGCAAAAUUAGUUGGUCUCAUGCAGGACCAGUUGAUAUCUUCUGCCAAAACUUGCCGCUUCACUGAUUCUUUUGUGAUUCUUUUGUGACGAGAAUCAUGUAGCACACGAUUGUUCAAUCCUGUCACGCAGGAAAAGAGACGCCACUGGUUUUUCUCUUUGUCCUCAGUCCUUCUCCAAGUAGUUGUGGUCUUUCUCUCACCGUCCGACCGACACCCUCUGUCCUAAGUACAAUGCAUGUGUCCUAGCCUGGCCUCACUUAUCCCUAGCACUUCAGUCCCAUACUCUUUCAUCUCCAUAGCUACAUGUACUUGCCCUACCCUCGUUGCCUCUGCCAUGGUCCUCACAUUCCAGUAACUGAUGAUUGGGCCUAUUGGCCUUUGGGUGUCCCGCCGGCUUUGUCCAAAGAGCGUCAUUACAGCCCCAGCAGUGACACCCCCUGUUAGUAUUUCUAUGCCCCCCCCCCCCCCCCCCAACCUGGAGGACCAGGAGGUCACUCUUUGUUUGGUCUCUACCCUUUGACCUUUUCAGCGUGGGUGGCCCUGCCAGGAGUACAAGACUCCAGUCGGCAUACAUGUAGCUCUGGGGGUCAUUGAGACUAGUAAAUUGCCCCACCAUGAUAAGGUGGUGACCUCAUUCGGAGCAGACUCUGGAGUGGUACUCGUACGUAGAGUACAACUGUAAUUGCAUGCUCUGAAAAAAGAUCCUCAAAAUUAAAUUUCUUUCUUGUACAAUGCAAUGACAUUCCAGAAAUAUUUAUCUAGUGUUCAUGGUCUUCUGAGUUUCACAACAGUAAUUAGGUUAUUGUUAAAAUUAUGAGUAAUAAUUUAUAAUUAUUUUAUUUCAUUGAAAAGUGAACUGUGGCAUCAAUCAUUAUUUUAAGAAAUUUGACAAUGCUUAUUUCUAGUUAACAUGACAUGUUUCUGGCAGGUUUUUUUCUCUUCUGGCUUCACCAGUUUAAAAAUAAAAUAAUGGCUUUCUCAAGCAUGAAAAAUAAAAUGGGAUAAUAAUAUUUCAACUGCUAAAGGCAGGACAAUUGUGGAAACAUUUGUUAUCUUGCAUUGAAGUUUACUGUAUAAAUAACAAAGAUGUUGUCAGUUCCCUUAGAAUAAUCUUACUCUUUCUGCUUGCAAGCCCAUUAUUUGAUUUACAUGUAUCAUUAAUUAUCAUGUUUUUGUUUUGUUUAGGUGUAUGCUUUUCCUGCUACAAAUUCAAGGGUAAGCAGGGUUUUUUUGGUUUUUGUUAUGAUGACAUCAUAACAAAAACCAUGUACAUUUACUUGGUUUUAAUGCAACCUUUAGUACAACUGGCAUGCAAAAGCAUUGCAUGACCCUAGCUUGCCAAAAAAUAAUUAUAUUACAUCAGUAGAGAUAGAAAUGAUGUGGUGCUCGUUGGAAUAUUGGGUGCCUUCCAGUUACCAAGCAAAUUUGGGUUGGGAUGUCAAUGGAACAUGUUCCAUACAUUCAGCUGGAAAAUUCCCAGGCUUACAGCUGCAAUUGGAAGUUUGAAAAUGUAUAGCCCUGUUUUCCCAUUGGAAACUAUUCUGGUGGAAAUGCAUGUUCCAUCUACAAGUUUCACAAGGAUUCACCAGUCUCAGGCUGUACAUGGUGAUAUGGGAGCCACCAUCUCCGAUUUUAGCAAGAGCUGGGAAUGAAUGGAACUUGUUUUAAUGGAACUAUAUUCUUCACCUAAUGGGCCUUUCCAUCAAAGUUUCUGAAAGUAUUUGGUAAAUGGAAAAUGCCUACUUUACAUAAAAAACUAGUCAAUGUUAUUCUGCUUUUCAUUCUACCUGAUGUCUUGGACAAUAAUAUUACAAUAAUAACUGAUAAUGAAUUGUCUACAUAGAUACACUGAGAUGCCAAGUAGAGCUUCAUGUAUUGAACUUUUUUUACAUCAGAACCAGCUUUAUUUGUGCCUAUAUUUUUAUUAACUUUUUCUGAUUCUAAUUUACACUCAAGCAAGGUCAAACGUACCCCUCAAUAAUUCAUUAAUGAAUUUAUUAUUUGAAAAAUAUAUCCAUCCGUAGUUGUUGAUUUCAGGUUCAUCUCUGCAUUCCUGCAUGUGUGAUAAGCAAUGAAUUCACAUGUGAGGUAGUUACGAAUUAAUUUCUACCAGCUCAGUUUUCUUGAAUUUGAUGUACUGUAAAUGUCUCCAAAGCAGUCUUGUCCACUCAAAGAUAUUUCAAUCUGACCAAAAACAGAGAAGUUAUCGUUAAAAAAUUCACUGCUCGUUAUGCCUGUAGUAAUGCAGAUUUGAAUCUGAAUUUGGCAGCAACUAACAAUAAAACAAUUUCAACUUCUGAAUAACAAAUUCAUUAGUGGAAUCUUAAAGAGUAUGCUUGACCUAUCUUGACUUUAAACUGAUAACUUUGUACAGGUGUGGUGUACAAAGAAACCAAGGUAGAAACUACAUGACAGUGGGUAUUCUCAAUUGUGUUUUCCAGCCUUUCUUUGCUUACACUUACAAAGAGAGAUUUGAAGUCAAUGGUUGGGACAUCUAUGAUCCAGAAAAGGAAUUUCAAAGACAGGUAUAGUGUACAUGUACAGUGUAUAAAAGAUGACUGGUAACAGAAAAUAUGCGAUAAAUAUGGGUAAACUGUGACAACUGUUGUGGCCUAAAAACAGUGUCAUAAGGCAGAUAAAAUGGUAACAUCACAAAUUUAAAGUUACAGUGUAGUUUGAAACUGCAACAGUGAAGAAGACAACCCCAGUUACAAUAGUGAAAUAUCAACCUGGACAUCGCGUCCUCUCUUUUUUUUUUCAUUUCAUUCAUUUAUUUUUGCCAUUUACCACAUACAAAUACAACAACAAUAUACAGAAAUUUUUAAUAAUUUAUAUUAAAGAUAAUAUACACUAUUCUAACUAAAUUAUUCCCAAAAUUAAAUGUUUAAAACGGUAUUGACAAGGAAACCUAUAUAGAGGCUGGGGCCUUAUAAACUACAGGCUUCCAGGAACUAUAGGAUAAAUCGUGUAAGUUACAUGUAAGGGUACUGAAAGAGAAUUUGGAUCGAUUUUCCAAAAAUUAAGAAAAGAAAAGAGAAAAAAGAAAAAAGAAAAGGUGUGUAGCUCAACAAGUAGAGCUACACACAAAUAAUAAAUAUAAUAACUUUGUUGCCUUGAAGAGAUAAUGAUUAAAACUGUUUUUUAAGCAAAAUUUCAUCUUUUGUGUGAGCACAGCAAAACACUGUCCAACGCAAACUUUUUGUUCGUUUGUGUUUUAGACUAUAAACGUAUACAUGUUCCUGAUAAACCAAGAAAGGUGUUUCAAAAAAACUGAACAGUAAAAUUUUCAAAUGUUAUAACAAUAUUUAUAUUAUAGUGGGUUGCUUGAGCUGCACAAAUUCUUUCUUAGCAAAUUAAAUGUAAAUGUUUUUUCUCUUACAUGUAUAAUGUCUGUCAGUGUUGUAUUAAGGAACAUAUAUGUAGAUAUAUGUAGAUAUUUUUUUUCCCAGAAUGUUCCCAAUGAGUGUUGGCAGAUCACAAGAAUCAACGAGAAAUUUGACUUCUGUGAAACAUAUCCUGCUCUGGUAUGUUUCUCCAUUCUUUUUCAUACUGUUUUGAGCUCUUAUGUGUACAGCUGUGAGUCCAGUCCAUAGGAGGCUGAGACCAGGCCCUGAGGUGAAGGGAAAAUGCAAAAAACGGAGUCAUACGGCAUAGAAAAAAAUUGGAGGACCGAGCGUAGACUGAGGAGAAGGAAAGGGCGGCUUUUCGCUCCCCAAACUAUCGCUGGAUGAUUUUUUCUGCCUUUUCCCCCAACUGCAUAGCCUGGUAAUAGACUGCAUUUUUUUUUUUUUUACACGAAUCGACCUUCUGUCUGCACGAAACCAGUGAAUCCACUCACCUAAACGUCUCUCCAGAUUGGUUUAUUUAAGGUCCUAGAAUAAACCCGGUUUACUGGUUUUUUUUGAAAGUCUCCUAUUAGAGGAAAUAAUGUCUAUGUACCGUUAUACAGUGUAUCCAUACUGUACAUGUUUUUUCUGUUUGAAAUUUCGGUAUUACGUUUGUGUUUUACAUGUAGCUUGUAGUGCCGGCAUCUGUUACAGAUGAGGAUUUGAGAAAAGUAGCAGUGUUCCGCAGCAGAGAAAGAAUUCCAGUGAGUUAUGUUUAUCUUUUGCAGCUCAAGCUGGACUUAUUGGCGUGUUAAAUGCUAAUAAGAAGGAGCUUAAGCAACGAGGGUGAAGGCGGUGGCGAAAACGUCUCUUAAAGAGCAUAUUCGCACUAUUUCAAAGUUUAUCGCUCUUAUUUAAAUUGCUUUUCUGCAGUUCUCGUCGCCGUUCUUGUUGUAGUUGCUUAAGCUCCCGAGUUUCUCGUUCUUAAAUUAGAAGUCCGGUUUAAACUGAGAAAUAUAAACCCUUUAAAAAGCCGUUCACUCCCAGAGUGAAUGGAGUCGUGUGAGAUGGUUCUAACUUUAGCGUCUGUGGAUGAAAUCCUGUGAUGUUUCCAUUCAAAUGAAACCUCUUCAGCAGUACUUUCACUUGGUACUAUUUAUUUAGUAUGUAGUUCUAAUUUUUGAGUCUGUGUAUAAAAUCCUAUGGUGUUGCCAUUCAAAUGAAACCUCUUCAGCAGUGCUUUCACUUGGUACUAUUUAUUUAGUUUGUAGUUCUAACUUUUAAGUCUGUGUAUGAAAUCCUAUGGUGUUGUCUUCCAAAUGAAAUUUCUUGAGCAUUGUUUCCACUUUUUUGUUUCCUUUUUUUUCCAUAUUAAUUUUACAAAUUGAAGUUUGAAAAUUUUGUCGAGCUUUGACUUUCGCCUCUUCUGGGAGUAGAAGUGUUAACCCUACUAACCUUAAUUGACCAGCAUCCAUUAUCUUCCUUUAAUUCCUGUAAUAACACUGAGUACACACUGUAAGCGCUGAAAACGAGGGCAUAAAGCCGUAAGAAUCGAGGUACAUCAAUUUAUGUAUAUGAUCACUCAGGCCGAUUGGCAGACGGUCACUAAAAGUUCGUCAGGUCUGAGUUGCUAAACUGCCAACUCUAAAACCGUGUUCAUGUGAUAGGUUAAGGGGAUGUUCACACUUAGUGCCCGGGAACCAGUGCCUAGGUACCGGCACAAAAUGUCGUUAUGUUCACACCUUGAAUACCUGAAAAAAAAAACGGUGUACCCACAGGGACCUGCUGCCCACUUCUGUGCCUGAGUAGAAGGACUCGACCUUGUACUUGGGCACCGCGCCCGAAUUCUGGCUUGGGUCUUUGAAAAAAGGGUGUGUUCACAUUAAUGUCAAGCGAGUACCGAACUCGGGCACUGUUGCCGGACACAAAGUAUGAACGCUGCCUAAGAGCUUCAAACAAGUCCAGGCAACUCCAAGGGAAUUUUCAGUGAAGCAAGCGCUGUCAUUGGUUUUCAAGUAGUGAUAAAUGUUGGGGACACUGUGCCUUUCCUUGCUACAGAAUAAAGUUUAAUAGAAGCUGGGUCGCGUGGCACCUCACACGUUGUUUUCUUUUUUUAUCACUUUCUAGGUUCUCUCAUGGCUUCACCCAAAGAACUCAGCCUCUAUCACUCGUGCCAGUCAGCCCAAUGCUGGACUUGUAGGAAAAACUAGAAAUAAGGAUGAUGAACGAUAUUUCCAGGUCUGCUGUUUUAACCUUAUUGCCAACAGUUUUAAAUCUUUAUCGGUCUUAGGAUAGUUUACCCUUAAGUAUGGUCAAUUUACACGGACGGUUUCGUCGCGAACCAAGAGCGACCAUUCUAAAGCGAUCUGUCGGCAGUUUUGUGUUUUAUCAAAAUUAUAGUUUUCGAAUGUUAUCAUAUAAUGUAAAAUGAACGGUUUUCGGUCAAGUCACCCGAAAGUCAUCUUACUCGAAGUUAUGUCGCCGGAAAUUUUAUCAUGCUCAACGACAUCCUAACAUCCCUGUUUCACAUUUAUCGCGCUUCUUUCGUCUCAUCAAGGCUUAAAGUACGAGUUAUAUUACACAUUUAUCCCGCUUGUUUCAUCUUAUUGUCAAUGUGGCUCAAAGAAUGAGAUAUAUUACUGACACAUGCUUGAUGCUUUAUCUAACUCUAUUUCUUUGCGUAUUAAACCUGGUAAAAUUUCUGGGGACAUAACAGUCUGGUUUCGAGCGACAUACGGUAGGCCGAGAAAACUUCGGAGUCACUUGAACAAACUUUGUUGUUUUCUCAUAAGCGACAUUUCGUCUUCCUCUAAGUUAUCCAUCGUAGAAUAAGCGAAGAGUAAAUCUCUCAGACGAAGGGCUGGCGCUCCAAACGUCAGCUUCUUUGAUCGGCCUAACUUGUGGAGAUAAUCGAAGGCGCUUUGAGACACGUGCAUUGAGGCGGAUCUCACCUAUAGUAAAGAAUAACCCGGAGUGAACAACUCUCUCUCUCAUGUUACAGCGCUUUCACGAACCACUUGUCCUGCGAAAAUGGAAGCUCCGCUCUGUCUAUGACAGCAUUCCAAAUAUCAAGUAUUAAGGAAAGCUGAAGGUCAAUACAAGGUCGAAAAUAUCAUUUUCUAGUUUGUGGGUUUUGCUAAUUGCGAAAAUGGAAGCUCCGCUCUGUCUGAAGGUCAAUACAAGGUCGAAAAUAUCAUUUUCUAGUUUGUGGGUUUUGCUAAUUGCGAAAAUGGAAGCUCCGCUCCGUCUAUGACAGCAUUCCAAAUAUCAAGUAUUAAGGAAAGCUGAAGGUCAAUACAAGGUCGAAAAUAUCAUUUUCAAGUUUGUGGGUUUUGCUAAUUGUUUUGUAGGACUUGAGGAUAUCUAAAUUCGCGCCAAAAUCGCUCUAAAAAUAGACUGGUCGGUGAAAACGCUGUGGCAAGAGUACGUGGAAGUUGCUUGUUUCUGAUUAUGGGCUCCUGACGAAGUUCUUUUUGUUGUACAGUUAUUGUCUCAAGUGGCCCUUACUGUUUAUGUUGUCCAUCUUUGUAGGCCAUUUUGGAUGCCAAUGCAAGAGGUCAUAAGUUGUUGAUCAUGGAUGCGAGACCUAAAAUUAAUGCUCUGGCAAAUCAGGUAAAAAAAAUUAACUUUUGGCAAUAAAAUCUGUUGAUCUUGCGUGUUGUAGAUGACCAUGUGCUGGUUAAGAAGUGAUGGGUGGGACUGAGUACAUUGAGCUGGGUUGACUCACUUUGCCGAGAUGUCUUUCAUCUUGGUAUAACUUGAAGCGCGCCAGCCCGGAGUCGCCAUGUAGAUAGAUAGAUUGAAAGCAGUGCGUAUGAGCCGUGUUAUUCGCUGUCCUCUUGAUGGUUCCGCCCGAUGAGCGCGAUUACUCUGGAAAUUUCCGGCCCUAAAGGCACUAAGUGGGCUUGCUCGUUUUUUAUGUACUUACGUAGUUGGUCUUUGUUCCGUUAAAAUUGCUGGUUUACACGUGACGUCAUGGCGGCCCUGUUGGUGGACAAGAACAAAAGCAUUUCUCUCCUCUGGGAACUAAACUCUAUUUUCAUGUAAAUUCUUCGAGAAAAAAUUCUAUUGUAUUGACUUUCAACAUGGCCGGCUUGUCACGUGGUUGCAAAAACCAAGAAGCCAUUGAUAUGAAAGCGAUUUUAUAUUCUCAUGCAAGUAAAACGCAUUUUCACAAGAAAGUUUUUGUACUUAGCCUCGUUUUAAAAGGGAGAGUUUUUGGAACCCGGAAGUAGCCAGUUAACUAGCCGAAUUUUCGGCAAAGCGAGCCAGCCGGACAAACCAGGUCCCUAUGGGACCGGCCGGCACUAAGUUCGUCCCGGAGAGAUGUCCCUCUCAUAGAGAGUAAAAACAAAAGGACUCUAGAAAGGUAGGUGCCAACUCCAGAUGUCCGUUUUAGGCCGAUUUCCAUUGCGAGAGAGUUGACUCAAGAAGGCAGGUCAAAAGGAGGUCUAAAAAGUUGGGAAAUUUUUAUUUUUAUUUUGACAACAUUUUGACCCGGCCAACCGUCGAACUUUUCAUGAGACGAAACAAAUGUAGUGUUAAGUUCAUGAAAAGUUCAACGACUGGAUUAGUUUUAACUUAAAAGUUCGUCCGAAUGUGGUUGGGUCGUUCAACACGUUCUAUCCGUCUGAAGCAGACGGAUAGAACGUGUGAAGAUCGUCUGCGGGACCAACGUCGAUCUUCACAUGCGACGAACUAAACUAUUAAAUGAAAAAUUUGUGUGAUAAUGUAUACCGUAUGGCACAAAAUUUUUGCGGGAGUUUAUUUUUGCGGAUUGGCGAUUUUUUGUCCUUUGCGGGAACUAAUUUUUGCGAUUAGGACAGUUUUUCUUGCAGGGAAUUAAUUUUUGCGAUUUUCAGAAAGCACCCAGUACUCAGUAUUGAUAAUCUUUCGGUUUUUGUUAAGUACGUGCAAUAGAAAUACAUAUUUUCAAACAAUACUACGGUACGCAUACCCUAUGUAAAACUAGUAAUUUAUCGUAUGGAUGAAAGAGGCAAGUUGCAAUUGAACAGACACGAUUUCCUAGUACUGUAAAUUACUCAGCGAAUUUAAGGUACAGAAUGUUUACUCUGGAUUGAAUUUUGCGGGGAAAAUGUUUAAAGUUCGGGAGAAUUUAUUACUGAUCUGAUUCAGUUGAUUGGUUCGACGCAUCCUAAGUUCGACGUGUGACCCAACAGACGAUCUUAACUUAAUUUAGGUCGACCCAAAUUUGAGUUUGGCUCAGGCCUUAUAUGUUUUAGUAAAAGCAGACAUGAUGAGCAGCCAGUCAGUAGAACAUGAUUAUUUUGAUUUUGUUUUUACUGUUAGGCUUUAAAAGGAGGAGGCUACGAAAUGCAGGAGAAUUAUCAAAACACAGAGCUUGUUUUCUUAGACAUUGCAAAUAUUCACGUCAUGAGAGAAAGGUAUGUGUAGCCAGAGGCCGCCAUUGAAAUCAGUUUACUUUUGUGUCUGUGGGUGAAAGUUUACUGAAACCAUUCAAAUAAAAAGCACUGAAGCAGUUCGUUCCUGCGGUUCUAUAAGGUGUAACCAAUAAAAAUAUGUAUGUGGUGCUUUUCCCUGAGCUUGUCUACGGAAGGUUACUUUAAAAUUAAGGUACAGCAUAAAACGGGCGACAAAAACGCGCAACUUGUUUUGCAACUUUGCUCCAAACGAGUUGAAUAGCGAUUUUGCGCGUUUUACCACCCAGUAAUAAAAACCUUGCAACCUUAUUUGUUGCAAGACAGGAUCGAUCGUGGGUGAUAAAACGCGCAACAUCGCUGUUCACCUCGUUUUGCUGCAAAGUCGCAAAACAAGUUGCACGUUUUUGCUGCCCGUUUUAUAGUAGCUUUACAGGUCUCAGUGGGAAGCGCUUUCUAUCGGGUACUAGAUCACUAACCAGCGGGUAAGUGUUAUAUUAGGGAAAAAAAUGCGAGAUCCACUGGAUACAGAUUAUCUUCUUUUUGAAAGACUCUCGCCGCUAUGUGAACGGAACCAAUUCACUCUAACUAGUGUCCAACAGAUCCUUGUAGGUGAAGGCACGUGCAUUUAUGCAAACGUGAGUCCGAUGACAUGCGUGGUAUGAUCUAGAGGCGUGAUGGCCAAUGGUCUUGUAGUACCUUGGGCUUGCCACAAUGUUGUUUUAUUAAAUUAUUUUUGACUUUAUGCAGAAGCAUUCUGCUUUACGUUAUUGGUCGUCUUACUGCUGGGGGGGGAGCCGAUUGACCAGAAUUCCGGCCACUGAGAAAUACUAGCAACUGAUGUGUCAAAACUUUGUUAGCCCCCUGUUGCUGUACUGUAACCCGUGCGUUGGCCGUCCGCGAAAUAUUUUCAUCUUUUGUUCGAACUGGAAUGCAACUCUGUGACAAUCUCUUCCGCGGGGUUUUUAGAGAGUAUAAAAGUAGACUGAUUUGUUCCUGGCGAUCUCCAGGUAUCUUAUACUUACUUUUAUCGCCGGCUUUGUCUUCUCUUUAUAUUUUAGCCUGCGUAAACUGAAGGAUAUUUGCUUUCCAACAAUUGAUGAUGUUCGCUGGCUGACAAAUCUGGAAGGAACUCAUUGGCUUGAACACAUCAAGGUAUUAAAUCGUGCCUCGAGAUACCAAGAAUAACCUUUGAGGAUUUGUUUGCUUUUUGUUUCGUCUUACAUUUUUUGCGGUAAAUUAUAACUUGCAUGCCUUAAGUAGGGUUCAUACAGAGUCUUGAAUUCUUGAAAAAGUCUUGAAAUUUGCCCUGCAAUUUUCCAGACCUGGAAAAAGCCUAGAAAAUGGAGAUAUAGUCUGGAAAAAAUGGUUAAAAGUCUUGAGUUUCUUUUUCAAAGCUACAACAAGUAAUAAUUUUUUCGUUUUGGUCAAAUCUUAUUCAAUCUCGCCGGUUUGUUUGCAGCACAUCAUGAAAAAAAGCUUUGUUCCUGCUUUUCUUAUAAGGUCUCUAUUGAUCACCUAUUUGAUAACCUCGAGUCUGGAAAACGAAAUAAUUGUUUUUGAAAAAAGUCUGGAAAAAGUCUUGAAUUUUAGAUCCAAAAGUCUGUACGAACCCAGCUUAAAUGCUUUUCUUCUUCUUGGAGCGGUGAUAUUAAAAAAUGUCGUAACAACCACGUAAGGAAUUUCAUGUGGUUCUUUUUUAUCGCGGCAUAUAUUGAGCAUUUCAGUCAUGCGGUUCUUACAUACAAUACUAAUUUUCAGGUCAUUCUCGCUGGUGCGGUUAAGAUAGCUGAUGCCGUGGACAGAUGUCGAACCUCUGUAGUUGUACAUUGUAGCGAUGGAUGGGAUAGAACAUCACAGGUAAGCAUACAUGCUUCAAUCUUGUACAGUGACUUGUAUGAAAUUGCCACCUCAAGUCUCAAGUGUGUCAUAGGGGCAGAAUGCGGGACGGUUUUCUUUUCACUGAACAGAUAAAAACGACAUACAAACAGUUUUAAAUUUGGUAAGAGUACCCGAUAACUUCGAAACGGGCGAGACGCAUUCCCUCGUUUUUCACCAGGAGCGGCGAGUUAUAAGGUGUCCUUACCGUGAUAAAAGUGAAUUAUUAUACCAAUAACCGCCUAUUUUUGCUUUUUAUGCAUGUAUAUAUUUUUUCUUUUGUCUCUUCAGCUCACUGCACUGGCAAUGCUUUUACUCGACCCUUAUUACCGAACCAUCAGAGGAUUUGAGGUGAUUUUUAGCAAAACGGAAUAAGCGAGCUUGCUGAUGAGUACGAUCCUCUAUUAAAGAAAAUGAAUAAUACAACGAACCUGCCGUAAGCGACCACCCAAAAUUAGUGGUGCACGGCUAGGUUUACUGAGCACCCAGGCAAGUUGUUGUGGAAGAAUUAAAUAUAGAAGAGACCCUCAAAUUCUAAAGGAGGAAGAGGUGUUCUCAAUAGGGAGCUUAAACAACUACGAGGGCGACGGCAACGAGGACGGGAAAAAAGCGAUAGGUUUAGACAAGCAAAACAACAACUUUGCACGUGCAUCACGCUUUUUGUACAUUUCUUUGCCGUCGCUGUACGACUACAACGUGAAAGUGCCUAAUUUCACGUUUUGACGCUACAGUUGCACACGUUGUUUUGCACAAGUUUUAUCGAAAACGACAUUUCAAAGUUUUCCGCACGUUUUUGACCUAAGAAGUCAAUUUACAACUUUCUUCUUCUUUUCCUGAACUUUGAUACAGUCUUUUGCAAUUCAACUACCAAAAAAAAUUGCCAACAUUUGACGAAUUUAACGAGAUGUAAUAAGCGCGAUAAAGUUUGAGGCAGCGCGAAUUCACUUUUUAAGGGACGUUUUCGUAACCAUUGCCGUCGUUGUUCCUUAAAAUAUUAAGCGGUGCGCGCUCGUGAACCAGCGCCAUUUUGGCGGGAAACGUGGUAGCCGUUAUCACUCUACUACGGGUUUUAGUGACGGAAGCAAGUUAUCAGUUGCUUAUCAAAUAUUAGAAGUUUUGUCAUUUUGCGCUCCGGAUCGGGGGAGGUGGGGUGGGUGGUACUCCCUUAUAUAAGCUACAUGGGUAUGUGUCGCCCCAUCGGGUAGGGUUUUUGCGCCGUUUUUGGUCUGAAAACGGGUAUACACUUUGCCCAUUUUGGUCUGGAAUCGGGUAUGGUUUCGGGAGAACUACGGGAGUGUAUGAACGUAUUUAUCGUUUCAAUUCCAAAUGAGUAAGAAAGAAAGAGAAAUAUACGAAUUCGAAACGAAUUUGAGGAAUUAUUUUUGUUUGCGCCGUAAUCUAAGUAAUACUAACAUAAUUUCUGCCUAAAGGCCAGGUCUGAAAACGGGUAUGGAUUUUAGAGGUCUGGACUGAAAACGGGUCUGGAAAAUUACGUUUUUUGGUCUGAGAUAGGGUCAGGAUUUGGAGAACCGGGCAGCACACCCCCACCAAGAAUUCCCAGGGAUACCCCCCUGGGCUCGGGAGAGGGCUUAACCUCCUUCAAUUGAAGCUAAGGGUCUUCCGACAAAGAGAGAUGAUAUGUAGUACUGUCUACAUCUGGUCAAUACUAGGGAGCUUAGACAACGACAACGGCAGCGAAAAUGUUACGCAAACUGUGAAUUCGCCCUGUUUCAAACUUCAUCGCUCUUAUUCCAACUCUUUUUAAUUUGUGAAAUGUUGGCAAUUUGAAUUCUAAUGACUUUAUCCAAGUUCACAAAGAUAAAAAGAAAACUGUUCUCUUGUGUUCACGUCCUUUAAAGUUUUAAGCGGUUAUUUUUAUGUUUAUCUUAAUUUAACGGGCAUUUUGUUAUUUCCUAAUUUGGCUGAAUUUCGUGACACAGCUCCUUUAAAGGGUAAAAUUAGGAAGUUUCACGUAGCUUAAGCUCCCUACUGAAAAGUUUAAUACUCUGGCACUCACUAGUCACUCACAUUCACUGGUCGGAACGUUGCACAAAAAUUGUUAGAUCAAAUAGUACUUGCUAACUUUACCACUACAGCGCUCUGUUUUAGUUAUUUGAUAGUGGUUUUCAAAAUAUUUUCAACCAAAUAUAGAUUUUUUUUGCUCCUGUCAUAUCUGGUCUUGUGUUUUUAAGGAUCUCUCUUCUUUUGAAGGUGCUUAUCGAAAAAGAAUGGACAAGUUUUGGGCACAAAUUUCAGCAGGUAAAGAGAUGACUAACUAAGCCAGCUUUUGUUUGCGAAACCACGCCUAAUUUGGGCUUUCAGUAAACAUCAUCUGUCACAACGAAAUCCUCUUGCUAGAUACAGUAGAUUUAACAGUUUCAAAUCCAAAUCCAUUCUUGGAUUUCGUGUUUUUGUAGAAAAUCCAAAAUUCCCAUUCCCUGUCCACACCAACUGCCAUUUCAAAACGCAUGUGUUUUGGCCUUGGUUACACACUAUCGAUCAUGACAAUAACAAUAACUUUCGAAAACGCCCUCGACACGGGGAAACUUUGCAAAAAUAAUGUGGGUCUGUCGCUUUAGCGUGCUUAGGAAAGAACGCAAAUUAUACUGAAACGCUGUCGUCAUAGUCACUCGUGUAUGACGUGUUUGAGCAUUGGCAAGAGGCAAGAGUAUCGUGCACUCGUCCGGGAAUAGCUUGGGGACAGAAAUUUAUCACCAAAUAUUCGUGUUCAUCAACGGUCGCAACCAGUGCGAAGACUUCUGCCGGUAUGGAGGCGAAGCCAUGGAUUUUCAGUGACACAAAACGGAGAUUUUUGAUAACGCAUGAGUUUGGACAGGGCCUGAGCCGGGAGAAAUUAAAAUUUCUCAUUCUCAGGAUUUGGUUUUUUAAAUUUUAUUAACUAUGCCGUGUUUUUAUUCCUGUAGCGGUACGGUCAUGGAGACAAGAAUCACGCGGAUGAUCAGCGCUCGCCAGUGUUCCUGCAGUUUAUUGACUGUGUAUGGCAAGUCACCAGACAGGUAGGAUUCAUUACUGUUUCGUAGUUUCUUCUGUUUUGUGAGAAAAGCUUUUAUCAUCUUGUUUAUGUAUGCUAAUUUGGAGCCUAUGUGUUCAUUUUUCUUUCCUUUCAGUUUCCUUGUGCGUUUGAGUUCAAUGAGAAUUUCUUGAUAACCGUGCUUGAUCAUCUUACUAGGUAUGAUAAAAUAUGGAGUGUGAAAUAAUUCAAUAAAAGUAACGAAUAACGCUUUUAGUUGUGCAGUGUAUGGAGCUUGGCCUAUCGUAAGUAAAUAAAAACACCGUGCAGACAGAGGAAAAUAAACUUUUUGACUUUUGUGAACGGUCUCAUUGGUAAAAGGGGAUAGAUUUGUGGGUUCAGUUUUUACUUUAUUUCAUUUAUUUAUUUAUUAUUAUUAUCAUCAUCAUCAUCAUCAUUCUUGGUGUAAACCCUAAUCCACCCGUUUGAAAUUGUUCUAGUAUUGUAUUGUUUCUUUAAUUUUAUUAGGAGGGUAUUUCUACAUGCGUAUUUUGACUCAAAUCGCCUGUCUCUCAAAUAUUAGGGACCUUAAGAUCCGAGGACGGCGAUGGCACCGAAAGCUUUGCUUAAAAAGUGAAUUUGCGUUCUGUUGGUCUUCAUCGCGAUUAUUCUUGACCAAUUCAGUUAUGUUGUCAAUUGUAGGCGAACUUUCCUGGAGUUGAAUUCCUAAGGACCACGUCCAAGUUCAGAAUGAGAAAGAAGAUUUCGUGGUCGCUUGUUUACGCUCUCAACAAAACGUAAAAUUAGGAAUUUUCACCUCGUAGUCGUGCAGUCACGGGAAAAAAAGUGCGCUGUACGUGUUGUUUUGCUAACUAAACCUAUUGCUGUUUUGAUGUUCUCGUAGCCGUCGCCGUCGCCGUCUUCGUAUCCUAAGGUCCGCGGCCUGUUCGAAUUUGACCAACGCGUCAAAGUAGGCGGAUCGUUUUGUCACAGGAAACAGCGCACAUAAGGCUCCUUACUCCUUCCUUUGCAAGACUGGAUCUUUUCUGUCCUGAAGAUCGUUCGAGGAUAAUCUUUCUGCCUUGCAGUAAUGUGCAAAAUUAAACACCUGCGAUUGCAUAAUAUAUCCGCUUCCCUUCCGCUUUUGGACGUUUCUUGUGACUCAGGAGAUAAUGAUUUCCUUCAGUAUUUUAUAUUUCGUAAUCUUGAUCAACUUGUGUACUGCUUUGUUCUUUUUGUAGUUGCCUGUUCGGCACUUUUCUAUACAACUCUGAGGUCCAACGAGUUAAAGAGGUAAGUGUUUCGGUUGCAUAAACUAGUUAAGCAUGAUAGCGGGAAAAAAUAGUGCACCAAGAUAUUUUGUAUUAAUAGUCGCGGACGAUAACAUUCCCAUGAGCUCAAAGAUAUUUAGAUAGUCGUUCAAUGACCUCUGAAUUCUUUAUGAAAGCUACCCGUUAAUAAAGUAUGAGUGCCAACUCCGCGAGAUGCUGCCCCUUAAGGCUGUGUUCACACUACCGGAUAGCUUUUGCGCACGAAAACCACACCUGUAGGGCUUCUAGGGUUCCACGCACCCACAGGGUCCAGAGGAGAUGUGUUUGUCAUUAGAACAUCAAAACCCGUCGAAAACCUCUUGAAAAAUUGCGUUGUUUUGAUCGCGUUACAGUUUCGUUACACAUUCUAUAUACCGCAAACCAAGAGACUGAGGGCUCGCAAGAUCGGCUUACAUCGAGGCUAUCGCUUGCGGUUAUUGAUUUUCAAAAUGACGAACAUCAAAGUCGAUCUGGGUCAGAGAAGAAGCGAAGAAAUCGUUUACAGUAGAUUCAUAAAGAUCCCAUUGGGCUAAUUAAUCGUUUUAAGCGACAGGUAUAGAUAUUUUUCAAGGCGAGACUUUAACUAAGUCAUUUAUUUAUUCACACCAAAUUCCUCUGGACCCUGUGACGCACCUUGAAAGUCCCUGAAUUUUAAAAUAAAAAUUCAAGGCCUUGAAAGUCCUUAAAAAUUGCAGUCGGUACUGGAAAGUCCUUGAAUUUCGGUGCUAACUUUAUCCAACCCAGAUUCUCAAGUGCAUAAAGGGAGCAAACACAGAAAGACCUUCCGGAUAAAAUUGCUCAUGUUGUGAAAGAACCAAAAAAGACAGACUCAAGGCUCUCUUUUGCACUGAGGAAUCCGUGAAAAAUGGGAAAGGUGUCCUUGAAAGUCCUUGAAAAGUCCUUGAAUUUUUUAUUCCAAAAAAGGGUACGAACCCUCUGCUUCUGUCAACACCCAAGGAAGAUGAUUUCGGCGCGAUUUCUGCAACGGAGCAAAGCUGAACCGUGCCGCGCCGGGGUGGAGAAUCACAUAUCGGAUAGGUGUUCAUGCUAUACCGGACAACUUAUCCGGUGUAGAGUCAACAUACCCUUAAUUACGGUAAUUGCUUGCUAUCUGUUUAGUGGUUAACUAGGUGAUAUCAUGUAACUUUUUUAGUGACAUUUUUUUUCUUUUCUCUUCUUUGUAAAUUUUCAGGAUGUAAGAGUGAAGACUGUUUCUCUAUGGUCCUACAUCAACACUCGAGUAUGUUCCCUUCUUGAUGUUUGUUUUGGUUUUGGUUUUUAAUUACCUUGUUUGCAGUAAGACCAAUCUAUAAGGCUUUCAUAAUAGGAGCACUUCUUAAUCAGGUGCCGUAAAAUUGAAACAAACUUCACUUACUCUGGCCAAUCACAGCAGAGCAAAUAUUCCAGGCAACCAAUCAAAACGCGUCGCCAAUUUCAUGAAGCCGGCGCCGCCUAAGCGCGGGAAAGCAAGCAGGGAAGUCACUGUUGGUUUCAAAUACACUACUAAUAGAGGGGAGAAGUGUGACGUCACGUUACCAUGGUGGCACUAUUUCUGGAUGACAACAAAACCAACGACGACUGCGACGGCAAGGAGAACGGCAAAAAAAUAAUAUGUCUAUAUUAACAAACAACAACUUCGCACGUGCAUCACGCCAUUUUGUAUAUUUUCUUUUGCCGUCGUUGCAACACUACGACAUGAAACUUCCUAAUUUCACGAGCCCGCUUUAUGGAGUAGAUGAACACAACACAAAAAUUGUCGCUUUCUUUUUCUAAACUUAGAUGACAGAUACGGUCCCAAAGAAAAUUUCGCCAUGAUUUGCCAAACUAAAUGAAAUUGAACAAGAUCGGUGAAGUUUGAAAUAGUGCGAAUACACUUUUAAGAGGCUUUAUCGGUUUGCUGUCAUCCAAUAAUUUUGCUACCAUGGCAACGUGACGUAACGACUUCCCCUCUCCAUUGGUUGAGGAAAUGGCGCGGUUUUUUUAUAAAAACAUAAAUCCAGUUACAAGCGGAUUCAGUGCAUAGCCAAAUCAAGUGCUUACUUAGUUCCUACACAACGGUUACAAAAAGAAAACGCUCUCCCUGCCUCCGACUGUCCCAAGGUAAAUCUCAUUGCCACCGUUCUUAGAUCUUCUCUAGGGCCUUAAGUCGCCGUAACUAGCCGCCGUAAAUAUGUCAUCCUAUUUUCGUAAGUAGUAUGUAAUUAAGUUGUAUUAUUCUUCUUUUUUCCUGUAUCCUAGUUUAUACAGUAAGUUUAUUUUGUAAAAUCGCGUCAUCUUUUCCCUAAUGUUAUGUCUACUUAAACUGAUCUUGGGGGAGCCUGGACCUUGCAUAAGUCCCAGCCUUCCAGUUCAGGCUUCCCAAUCAACGCAACAAUGGAUUUGUUUUGUCGUGUUCUGUGAUUUGUUUUUGUUAUUUUCAUUGAAUAAAUUGAAUUAUCUUUUUCACCGGUGUAUAAUUUUUCAUUGAAUUUUUGCAGACGAUGGAGUUCAGUAACCCUCUCUACGCUCCACACCUUCACCAACAUGUACGUAUCCUGAUUUGGCUGACGUUUACUUUUUCAACCUGCAAAGGUUUUCUGUCAAAACCGGAAAGAUUAUGGCUUUCCUGGGUGAACCAGAAGUCAUUUGUCGAUGAACUUUGUUUGUUUUUGAGGGCCCGUUUUUUGUCUUUCAGUUUCAGUUUAUUUAUUUGCCAGAAAAAAAUAUAUAUGGACAUUCAAUAUACCACAAAAAGGAUAGUUAAAGAUUAAAGAGAUUUAGAAGUGUUUUUCUGGCGAGGAAACUCAAAUUGAAACCUUGGGACAUAUUAGAUGAGCUCCCCCCCCCAACCUAAGACUAUAAAUAUAAUAAAUAAAUAGGCGACGAAAUAAUACUGAAAUAUAAUUAGGAUAAAAUGCAAGCAAAACAAAACAUACAAAAGGGACAGAAAAAAAAAGCAAGAAACAAAUAUUAUUUGCAACUGGUGAAUCGCUAGCCUCUCACGCGGGCGUUUUUAGGGGAGCUCGUGCUCCCCUAAAACUGCCUGCGUGGGAGGUUAGUGAAUCAGCUAAGGAGAAAUGUUUUCAAAGGGAUGGUAGAAGGAUUUUGUACAUUGUUAUUUAGUGAAUUGAAAAGUUUAGGACCCUGAAAUCUUAUACCAAUCUUAUAUCAGUAAUAUUCUCUCUAGACUCGUAGCCCUUUGCUGUUUAUUUGUUUUUAGAUUGUGAAAACAUUGGAAACAAGACUAUUGAGUGCGCGAUGUGACACGAGGGCGAAGUUAAAAAAGCCAUUUUCCGUUUCAGAAUGUCUUGAUUCCUUUGUAUAUAAAACCAGCGUCAGGAAUUUAAAAUGGAUAUCCAAAAGAUUCCAGAAAUCUCAGUGCCAAGAACUGGUGUUCAGUCUGACGAGCGAAACGUUUUGCAGGGGCGGAUAUUUUUUCCCCUUGCCCCAUCCUAUAAUACACCUCUCCUCACCCAGUCUAUUCUCGUAUCCAGUCCUCUGAACGAUAGGGCGCUUAAGCAACGACGACGGCGACGGCAAGGAGAACGGCAAAAAAGCAAGAGGUUUGGAUUGGCAAAACAACAACUUUGCACGUGCAUCACGCUUUUUUGUACAUUUCUUUGCCGUCGCUGCACGACUACAACGUGAAAGUGCCUAAUUUCACGUUUUGUCGAGGACGUGAACAAACGGCAACGACUUUCUUUUUUUUUUCUGAACUUCGAUACACUCUUUUAGAAUUCAACUCCAGAAAAUUUGCCGAUAUUUGAUAAACUGAACGAGUUGGAAUAAGCGCGAUAAAUUUUGAAGUAGUGCGAAUUCACUUUUUGAGUGACGUUUUCGUAACCGUCGCUGUCGUUGUUGCUUAAGGUCAAUUUCAUCGUGGAUGGAUCCGUGACUGUUGUUUUCAGCUGUAAUACACAAUACGUCCGCCAAACAUUAGGUCCAUUGUUUACAAUGGCCUCAUACCAAGAUCCCAAAAGAACCUUCAGUUUGCCCGAGAAGCUAAUUUACCUUGAGAGAAUGUGUUCACAAUCUUUUGUAAGGCAUGAAAAUAGUUCCUUCAAAACUAUUUGGAACGUCAUAGCCCGAUAGACGUUCGUUUUGGCUGAACGGGACAAGGAGAUAUUUUCAAUAGGGGAGCUAAGAAAGUACGAAAUAGGAUGAAAAAGGUCUGAACGGUAAGGCACUUGUUUGAGCUGAGAAAAUUAUGAUUAAUAGUUUUAAAGAGAGAAAGAAUGCUUCAUCGACGUUGUAAACUUUCAUCUGUUUUUGUUGUCACCAGGUGUUAUUUCCAGUAGCAAGUAUGAGAAGACUUGAUCUGUGGACUCGUUAUUAUAUUCGCUGGAAUCCUACAAUGCAACCUCAGGUAUGUGAUACCUCUGCCUGUAGUGCAUGCAUGUGAAUCUGUUGAGAAGUUCGAUCUUGAAAGCAGUUGUUGGUUUUUGUUUGGUUUUGCAGGAAUCAGAGGAACAGAGAAGUCGAGAAUUGCACUUUCUUUGCGAACAGGUACCCAAAGAAUGCCCCAGUACUGGAAGAAAUUUCAUGCCUUUUUCUGCAAUUGGCAAAUGUAUAUUUCGUCGGCUCUUUUCAUCAACAGUUUAGACAUUUUUUUCUUUUUUUGUAAUAAUUAUAAAUAGAGUGCAGUCUCUGAGAAAACAUACUUUCAUUUCCUUCUAAUCGUUGUUUUUGCAAAUGAGUCCUUUCACAGCUGAAGAUCACCUUUUUACAGUGAGACAGAAGGGGGUGGGGGGUGGUUACCAUUCAAUAAGGUAUGGAUUUUCUGUAGCCGUGAAAACCAUUUCCAUCCCCGUCCACGUUGUCUUUGUUUCAAGCUUAACUCCUCUUCACAAAUUGGUUACUUUUCAGCUGCGUCAAAAGUGCGAAGAACUGGAACGAGAGAUCCUGGCUCGUUCAUCAGUGGAAGUGCCCACCACACCAGAUUCCAUGUCCGUGAAAAGCAACCAAUCACAACAGUGGGCUCAGUCUUCGGCCGUGUGAAUACUACAUGACAUGAUCAAAGAGACUAUAUACGACUCUCUGUGGACUCCACCGCGGCCUAGCAUGUUUGAAUGUGGUUUAGUUUAGCCACGUUUUAAUCCUCUAUAUGGAACAUUUUUAACAAAAACUUUUAUUCGACAUGCCUGCUUCAUGUCCAAAAAUACUCGGAAAAAUAUAAAGAAUUCUUUCUGAGUAAGAAAUUAUUUUGAAGAUAGUAUGGAAACAUGGACUUCAGACUGAUCAGUCAAUGUUAUGUUGAAAACCUUCGUUUAUGUAAACUAGCUUUCAUUUGUUCAGAUAUUAUUGAACUUUGUUAUAGAUAAAUGGGUAGAAAGAAUGCUAAUUAGGAGACAGAAGGCGUCCAUCAUAUAAUGUCAUUUUACAUUCAUUUGGUCAGGAAAUCUUGCUUUAACAGAUAUAUAGAUUACAAAUUUUGACCUUGAACUGCUUCUACGAUGUAUAAUUAUAUGAUUCUGUAUUUGUGCAAAAGUAAUUAAAUAAAGUUGCUUUCUUUGAAGAUUUCUCUCAAAUAUCAGACUAAGCUACACUUUCUCAGUCUACUUAAGCUAAAAAAGUGAAUAAAUCAG